CCCGGUGGUUUCCAGUCUGCUGCGAGCUCUACAGACGAAUCGUCGGGAGAGUUUUGUUGUGCGGCGCUGAAAACCCGGCAUCAUAUUUAACCACAGCUUAAAAACCAAAUCGGAUAUUUUACAACCGCGUUCCCGCAGCAGAGAGAAGACUUGCUCUGGUACCUACUUCCGGUUUGUGAUUGAAAAAAAUCACUCCAACGUCGUACCGAAAUCUUCUUUUCGGGUCUUGUUUUUCAACGAUUUGAAGAAAAAAAGUUCUACGAUUCAAAUACCGAACGAAUAACAACCAUCAUGGCCACUUAUGCCGCCUAUCGACACAUCGAACUGGACAACGUUGGCUAUGGAAAGAAGAGGGUGUUGAAACCCCCAGGCGGUGGAAGCAGCGACAUUUUUGGAGGAGCUCCGGAAGAGACGAGCCCUCGUCGUAUCAAGAAUCACAAUCAUUCGCAACUGGGAUCAACGAUGUUCGGAGAGAAUAGUAGCAACUGUUCAGAUACGCCUCGCGCUAAGCCUGGUAAUGACUCAUACAAGCGUCUCUUUGGUCCCCCCGAUGCCCCAACUACCCCAAGCUCGAAAAACCACAUGCGAAGCAAUAUACCGCUCAGCGGUGAGAAAUCGGUUCCCGAAACUUCCAGCCAGUCGAACACCUCGAGCAACGGAAAUUCGAAUGGCAAUAUCUAUGGUAAUGGCAACGAUGCGUACAACAGUGAGACAGCUUUUAGGAGAAAGAAACGAUUUCGAGGAUUAUCCUGCAUGCCACGCAACCCGGUUACCGGAGAUGGAGUUGACGUGAUGCCCCUGAGGCGCAGCGCACGUAGGAGUAGAGAUGGCAACCCGGUAACUGGAACAGGAUACACAGGAAAUAUAGAGAACAACAGCGCUCCGGUGCAAAAUGGAAAUGGCAAUGUCGCUGAGAAAGUAAACGGAUCAUCUACUGGCUCCGCAUCACCACCAGCCCCAGCAGCACAGCCACGUACUCGCGUGCCUCCAGGAGGCUAUUCUUCAGGCCUCUGGUAGACAUCGUCGAUGGACUUAAAUAUCCAACAGCACUUUGAUACUGUCGUUACUUCCAAAUCCGAAAACCUCACCGACUGACUUUUUAUUAUUAUUAUUAUUAUUAUUAUUAAUCAAACUUUAUUAAUUCGAGGAUAUUGUUCACACGUAAUAACCGUAUUUAAAUAAUGAACAAUGGAAGUAAUAAUGAAUCAGUAUAAUUCUUUGAUUUGUAUUCGAUCAAUCAGGUUAAUCGCAUUUAUGGAGCUAUCUUUAGCAUUAGGAUCUCCACAAUGAUUAAAUAAAUUUAUAGAAGAACGAAAAAAAUAUAAACAAAAAAAAAAAUCAACAUUAAGAAACAAUAUGAAUAAAUGGUUCGUAAUAAAACGGCGUAAUCAAUACUUAGCAAACUAUGAUUGAGUUUAGCGAACCUAAAUUGUAUAUUAGAUAGUUCUUUCUCGAAAAUAAAAAGUUACACUAUAUGUAUAUCAAAAAAAGUGCUUUCUUAAUUUUGUGCCUUUUCACUUUUGCGUAAAUCACAGAAUCGAUAAUGUUUGUAAUGCGAAUUUAAGCUUUAAAAAGCCGCAUUAUCAAUACUCAUAUAAUAAUUCUAUAUAUUCGGUUACAAAUCAUUGCUACUAAGUACUAAUAAAAAGAAAAAUACUCGGAAAAAAAUUGAAGUAAAGGAAGAAGUAAAAACAUGAUAACUUGGAUAUUAGUUACAUAGUUUUUGCUCCGACAUCACUAUCAUUACACAAUGUAAUAUUUAUAUUUAUUUCAGUCUAUAAGAGAUUGUAUCCCGUUUUGACAAGUAGAGUGUUUACACGAUUGUUCGAUUUUGAGUAGAAAGAAAAAAAACUACAGUUUGUAACCUACAGCAUUUCCAUGAAAAUACCUUUUUGUACUUUUGGCCUCAAAUAAACAUUUUGUAAAAACAA